GGUUUUUAAUAUUUCUGCACACGGCAACGCCCUUUACAGUGUGUGGCUUCCUGUGUUUGCAGCGAAGCUAUAUAUCAGGAACACAAUGGCCAAGAAACCAGGGAAGUCGGACAAGGGCGGGAGUCGUAAGAAGCCCAAGGCUCAGGUGGCGCCUUACAGCAUUGCCAUUGGUCUCAAGAAGGGAUUCCCAGUCACCAAGAAGACACUCAAGCCCAGGCCUGCCUCGUCAAAGGGUAAAAUCACCAAGCACAACAAGUUCAUCCGGGAUCUCGUGCGCGAGGUGGUCGGCUUCUCGCCGUACGAGAAGCGCGCCAUGGAGCUGCUGAGGAUCUCGCGCGACAAGCGGGCACUCAAGUUCCUCAAGAAGAAGCUGGGCGGCCACAUCCGCGGCAAGAGGAAGCGUGAGGAGCUGGGCCAGGUGCUGGUGCAGCAGAGGAAGGCGGCUGCUGCUCACGGCGAUCACUGAGGGCAAUACACACGGCGACGACA